UAUCCAGAAUACAGCUUGCAAUAAGAAUCCAGCGUCACACUUGAUUUCAGAAAUCGUCUCAAAAUCUGAAAUUUGAAACUCAAGCAGAAAAUUGUCCGCAUCAGCUUCAUCGACUGUUAAGAAAAACUUGAAGUUCAAGAAAGAAGAAAACCAGCAGCAACUACGAUGGCAUCACGGCGUCGACAAGGCUCCACAGCAGCUAAAGAAGAAACAAGAGGAAUGCAGUCUUCGUACUCUUCAUCUUCAUGCAGCAAACUGCGCGAUUCGGAAUAUCGAGAUGCUGCAGAAUCCGAAAGGCGCUUUCGAGAUGUCACCAAGAUGAGGCGAGAAAGUUUUCCUAGAAAACAAAACGCGUCGAGUUCUCACAGCAGCGAUUCAUGGAAACCAAGAUUUUCAGCAGCGACUUUAUCGAAUGACUGGCGAUCGCGUGAGGAACCAAUGUCGAUGUAUCGAUCUCGCUUCAGUAACUUCCCAAGUUGCAAUUUUACUAUCCAACGAAGGAACUGUUAUGAUGGUGCUGCUCAAAACCCAAUCAGUGGUCGGAAAUUAGAUGAUGUGGAAGAUCUUCGCAGCACAUUGAAUACCUUGGCUUCCCGUAAGAGUUCGAAUCCGACGCCAAGCUUUAUCGUGCGUCGAAGAAGCACCAUCUACCCGCUUAAAACAUUCAACAAUUGGGCUAAAGCUCGAAUCAUCCAACAUGCCAUCCCCGACGACGCUGAGCAGACGGUGGUUGUAAUGGACCUCGGUUGUGGACGAGGAAUCGAUCUCAAGAAGUGGGCCCACGCGCGAGUCCACCGCGUGUAUCUGGUUGAGGAGGACGAAUUAGAUAUGAAGGAAUGCCUGCACAGGUUCACGGAACUCAACUCCAGGUGGCCUGGUCGUCUGAAAGCUUGCUUUGUCAACAAGGAUUUUGCCUUUGACUCUAUUGUGCUUCCUGAACUGGUCGACGUCAUUUCGUGUCAGUUCUUUGUUCAGAGAGCGUUCAACUCUCUGGAAGAAGCUGAAACUAUGGCCAAAAAUGUCGCUAGAUCUCUCAAAGAUGAUGGCAAAUUCAUCGCUUCGUUGGUCAACGCAGAAAAAAUCAAGCGCUGGCUUGACAAAUUCAGAGGUGAAACACGAUGCACUAAUGGCGUCUUCACAGUUGAGCUCGCAACACCCAUUUCAGAGAGCAGCGUUGCUGAAUUUGGAACGAAGAUGCUUUUCAUGAUCGACGAUAAAGUCUUCCCCGAAAAUCUUGUGCAACUCGAGACGCUCACUAACGUGAUGAAGAAAUUUGGACUUGAACUUGUCUGGCGCCGAUCAUUUCUCGAGCUCUACGAAGAGGCUUCUCGCGACGAAGAGCAUAAGCCACUCCUUAUAAACAUGGGAGUUGAGGCGCAAGGGAAACUGAAAAUGUCCCAAGAACAAAUGGAAACCGCAGAUCUUUUCGAGGCUCUCAUGUUUCGUAAAAUUCUCCCGAUCCCAGAAGAAGUCAAUGCCACGGCGGCCACAAGCGCUUGCGUGUAGCCUGAUGGAUACCAUGGAGCCUAAAUGUGGAUCAGCGUUCGUCACUUCUGCAUUCUUGUGAAGGAAACUUUAUUUUUAUCUAAAAGGAUACGUAUUAUAUUGCUCGUUAAGUUGUAAAUUAUAGCAGUCAAAUGUCAUCGCAAUAAUUUACAGUCUACAAAGCCAUUGAAAAUUAUAGCUAUGUAAAGAUGAUGGACUUUCAACUUGAUUUUCUAUGUGAUUUUGUUCAAGAGGCGUUUGUCGAGUACAAGUUCA